UUGAGAGACAAGCCGAGGCCGAAAGCUCUAAUUCUCGACAUUCUUGUUUGAAUUAAGAUAUUGUCUGAUAAUGUUCAGCCGUCUCCAGAUGUACAAGAUGAAGAUAUAACUGGUAGACUUAAAAAAGCUUUGGUCUUCAAACAACAUUCGACCAGUUGGAUGAAAUUACCCAUACCCAGCGUGUCUUCAUCGUUAACUAAACAUGUCAUCCGUUCCGAAAACGACGACCUAUGAUCAUCUGGUUUUGACAAUCACUCCUAUAACUUUUUUUUGUAGUCAUCUGGAAUUAUAGCUUCUUACAGCACAAUUCUAUCAAGCCCAGUGAUCAGUUAACAUCAUGGACACCAGAAAGAAACUUCGAAGACGAUGGAGGAAUCCAAUUGCAGUGUUUGCAGUCGGAAUUUUUCUGGUAGGAUUACUGUCAUAUACUCAUCCUCCCGGCAGGGGUUGUACUCACAGCGGCACUUAUUCAAGAAUAUUGAUUGCCGAAAACGAAGCACUGAGGGACCGUAGUUUUGUUCACCAUUUCAGGGAGUUAUUGAACAUCGAAGAAGAAGGUCUCAAUAUAACCAAACCUCCGCCUCAGUUUCCACCAGAUUUUUUCACUGAGACUCAAAGAAAACAUGGCGCCGUAAUCUGCCAUGUGAUUGGCCUGGCUUACAUGUUUGUAGCUUUAGCCAUUGUCUGUGAUGAGUUCUUUAUACCAGCCCUAGAAGUAAUCACCGAUAAGCUUAAGAUAUCUGAAGACGUUGCCGGGGCAACGUUCAUGGCCGCAGGAGGUAGUGCCCCUGAGCUUUUUACUAGCAUUAUUGGAGUUUUUAUCUCAUUCGAUGAUGUUGGCAUCGGUACAAUUGUCGGAUCUGCAGUGUUUAAUAUUCUCUUUGUUAUCUCGAUGUGUGCCAUAUUUAGCAAAUCGAUCCUGAAACUGACAUGGUGGCCACUGUUUCGAGACGUCACUUUCUAUUCCAUUAUCCUGAUCAUCCUGAUAAUGUGUUUUCGUGACAAUGUCAUAUACUGGUAUGAAGCCGUGGUGCUCUUAAUGUGUUACGUCAGCUAUGUAACAUUCAUGAAAUUCAACGAACCAAUAGAAAGGUUGGUUAAAAAAGUACUGAACAGAAAUAAAGUUACAAGAGUGAGCAGUACAGACCAUCUGAUGCCCAGC